AUGGUAUACAGUAUAGAACAUGAUAUUGACAAUAUUAAUCAAAAUACAGAUAAUAACGAAGAACAAUUAUUUUAUUUAUUAAAACGUCUUAAUAUUUCCAGCAAUAAUCGUAAAUAUAUAAAAAAAAAAUGUUUAAAUGAAUUAAUUGAGAAUUUUGUUCAUGACAAAAAUGAUAUAUUUAAUAAAUAUAUACCAUGUGAUGAAUAUGAAAAGAAAUACAAUUGUAUUAAUGUAAUUGACAAAGAAGGGAAUGUUAAUGAUAAUAUAAACCAAAAAGAAACUAAAUUUAUUAAAAAUGAUAUUACAAUAGAUUCACUGCAAAAAUCAAACGAUGACGUAAAGGAUAUAAAUAAAAAUAAUCCUCAAAAUUUAGAUAAUAGAACAUCUGGUGUUGAUAUAUGUGGUCCUAAUAUUUAUAUAGAUGAAAAUUAUAACGAUCUGAUAUACCUUUCUAAAAUAAAUUUCGAGGAAGAUAAUUUACAUUUAAAAAAAAUACAAGAAAUAUGCAAAGAUAUAAAGGAUAAUUUGAAAUAUUAUAAAGCAGAAAAUCAUGACGUUUACAAAUUUAGACCCACAACAAAAAAUAUAGUAAAUACAAAUCUUUAUAAAGACAUAAAUAUAGAUAAUAAUAUAAAUAUUGAUAAAUAUACAAAUGAAUAUUUUAUAAAUCAAUUAAAUUAUAAAAAUAUAGAAGAAAACAAAAAAUAUGAUAUAUAUGAUGAUAAAGAAAAUAUCGAAAAAAAAUCUUUAAAAAUAGUUCAAGAGAAAUGCAAAAAAAUUGUACAUUCUUUAAAUUAUAAAUAUACCUCAGUAGAUAUAAAUGAAAUAAUUAAUAUAUUAAAUAUUAUUACAUCUCCAGAUUUUGAUGAAAAGAUUGAUAAAUAUACAUAUUUAAAAUUAUUUCUAAAUAAAUAUCAUUAUGUAUAUCCUCAUGAAAAUAUAAAAGGAUUAAAAAAAAUUCGAAAGUUUGUUCAAAAGAUUUAUUUGAAUAAAGGGGAUUUUUUUUAUAUAAAUCAAAAUGAUAUUUCAGAUAUGUAUUUAAAAACUGAUAUGGAACAAAUUAUAAGAAAUCAAUAUUUUAUAAAUAAUAUGAUAAAUUUACAUAUAGAUAAUGGAAAAUUCUGGAUACAAAUAGUACAUAAUAUGUGGAUACCUCUUAUAAUUGAAAAUUUUAAUUCUAUUAAAAAUAAUAUCUUUUCAUAUAUGUUAAUUUAUGAUAAUUAUGAAAAUUUUCUAAAUCAGUAUCACUUAUCAAAGGUAAAUAAAACAUUUUAUACUUUUUCUCAGCAUAUAUUUUCAGGUAUUUUAUUUUGCGGGGUCCCAAGUAUUUAUAGACUUCUUAUGAGACUACAUACUUAUAAAUAUAUUGAACUUCGUAUUAACAUGAUAAUAGAAAAAAAUUCAAAGAAUAUUUAUGAUGAAAUCAUUAUAUCUAGUUUAAACUACAAUAUAGAUAUUCUCAGAACUCUAUUUCCUUUUUUCAAAGAAUUUAUAAAUAUUGAUAUGAAUAAAAUUGUAGAUAAUUUUUUUGAAUCCCCUUUUUUCAAUAUUAUUAUUUCAUCUCUAAAAAAAUCAAAUAUCGAAAAAAUUAGUGUGAAUCAAAAAUAUUUAAAUUUUAUUAAUUCCUUUUUUUUGAUGAUAACAGAAUUUUUAUAUGGAACAGAAUGUAAAAAGUGUCUUGAAAAAUUCAAUGAAAAUAAUAUUGAAUUCUUAAGUUUUUUGGAUGAUAUAUUCUAUGAUCAUAUGAAUAUAUUAAUAGCUAGAGAUAUUUUAUUAUUUAUAAUAGAUUUGUUAUGUUUAUUUAAAUUACAUUCUAUUUAUAUAAAAAAAAAAUAUUGUGAAUCUAUAUUACAUAUUACAACAUGUGUUAAAAUUUUAUAUUAUAAUAGAAGUCAGUUAACAAAUGAUAAUAUAUGGAAACAAACAUAUGUCAUAGCUGUAAAACUCUAUCAUUUUAUUUAUUCAGCUUUACAUAGAAAACAAUCUAUAAAGGAUAAUUUAAUGAUUCAAGAAUUAACAUUAAUUAAAAGAUAUUAUUUUAAUAAUUUAAAACAAGAAAAUUCUAUAGGAGAUUUUUAUUUCUUAAAAAAUUUAAAUUAUGGUAUAUAUUGUUGGAACACAGUAUGUAAUAAACACAUUAAUAUACACACAUUACAAGAUAAUGAAAAUAUUUUUCAAUAUUGUCAAGGAUGUUAUAUAGCAACAUACUGUUCAGAAAAAUGUAAACUAACUCAUUUACUUUCCUCGCAUCAUAAUGUAUGUGCAUAUUUCAAAAACAUACCUUCCUUUCUAAAAUUUAACACUUUUCAUAUGGAACCUAAUUCAUAUAACAAUAAAGUUUUAAAUAUAUUUAAAAAUAUUGAUAUGUUUGAUAAAAAUAAUGAUAAAUAUCAAGUUAUUUAUUAA